AUGACACCACAUCAACUACCCGUACAAAGUUCAAAAGAAGGCAGGUUAAGCCUUGCUAUUGCUUCUUUUCAAAAUAAUCCUUAUCAAUCUAAACGUUGCCUUGCUGCAGCCUACGAUGUUCCAGAAUCAACACUGCGGACGCGUCUUAAGGGUAUCUGUCCUAAACACGAGACAACAUCAGUCAACCAAAAGC